GUUUAAAAUAUAAAAAUAAAGUAUAUAGCCAUUGCCCCUGGUUUCCUUAACUGGCGAGGAAUAAGCCACCGUACUAUAUCGUUGAUCAGACAUUGUUUGGAGGAAGGGGCAUUAGUGCACACAAAAAAACGUAUCAUUUAUCACUGUCUGACUAGCUCCAAAACGAAAACAUAUUUGAGUGUGUUUUUGGUUUUAGUUGGCCAAAAUGUUGCACUGAUAUUUUCUAUUUCUCAGGCUAAUACAUCGCCACCCAUAAACUGGGGUCCUAUCUCACAUGUGUGCGUCAGAGGCUGAAACAGAACACGAGUGCAGUACCAUUCGCAUUUCAAUCACCCUGUUAGCAAAAUACAUUUAGCUACACCAGAACGUUGCUUCGCAGGUUCAUAUUCAGAGUAGUGUGUGUUUCCAAAAUGGGAAAGAGAAGUCGACUGAGAAAGAAGGAGCAACAAAAUAAUAGCAAGCCUGGUGGAAGAGAUAACCGGGACAAUGCUGGUUGGGGUGCAGGCUACGCUGACAUCAUCAAGGAGAACAAGCUGUUUGAGGCAUACUACCAGGAGCUUGGCCUGGUGCCCGAGGGGGAGUUUGACCAGUUCAUGGCGGCUAUGAGAGAACCGCUGCCCGCCACCAUCCGCAUCACUGGAUACAAGAGCCAUGCCAAGGAGAUCCUCCACUGUCUGAAGAACAAGUACUUCAAGGAGAUCCAGGAGGUAGAGAUCGACGGGCAGAAGAUAGAGGCUCCUCAGCCUCUGAGCUGGUACCCAGAUGAGCUAGCAUGGCACACCAACAUGAGCAGGAAGAUCCUGAGGAAGUCUCCUCUCCUGGAGAAGUUCCAUCAGUUCCUGGUCAGCGAGACCGAGUCGGGUAACAUCAGCAGACAGGAGGCUGUAAGUAUGAUCCCUCCUCUGCUGAUGAAGAUUGAGCCCCACCACAAGAUUCUGGACAUGUGUGCUGCUCCUGGAUCUAAGACAGCGCAGUUGAUUGAGAUGCUCCAUUCUGAUAUGGACGUACCCUUCCCAGAGGGCUUUGUGAUAGCCAACGACGUGGACAACAAGCGUUGUUACCUGCUGGUGCACCAGGCUAAGAGACUGAACAGCCCCUGUAUCAUGGUGGUGAACCACGAUGCCUCGUGCAUCCCCAGACUACAGAUAGACACAGAGGACGGACAGAAGGGCACACUGUUCUACGACCGCAUCCUCUGCGACGUCCCCUGCAGUGGAGAUGGCACCAUGAGGAAGAACAUUGACGUGUGGAAGAAAUGGACCACCAGUAACAGCCUGCAUCUCCAUGGUCUCCAGAUCCGUAUAGCAGUGCGUGGUGUGGAGCAGCUAGCUGUAGGAGGGAGGAUGGUCUACUCUACCUGUUCACUCAAUCCUAUAGAGGACGAAGCUGUCAUAGCAACGCUACUGGAGAAGAGUGAAGGUGCGUUAGAGUUAGCAGAUGCGUCAGUUGAUCUCCCAGGGUUAAAAUGGAUGCCUGGAGUCACCAAAUGGAAGUUGAUGACUAAGGAGGGUCAGUGGUAUAAGGACUGGUCCGAGGUGCCAGUCAACCGCCACACACAGAUCAGACCCACCAUGUUCCCUCCCACAGACACAGAGAAACUGGCCAAUAUGAAGUUGGAGAGAUGUAUGAGGAUCCUGCCCCAUCACCAGAACACGGGAGGCUUCUUUGUAGCUGUCCUGGUCAAGAAAGCCCCCAUGCCCUGGAACAGAAGAUUCCCCAAGUUGAGGAAGGAGCAGUCAUCCAGCUCCGUGCCCCAGCCAGAGGACUCUCCAGUGGGCACCCCUCUUCCUGAGACGCCCUUGGAGGAUGGAGAGAGAGAUGGAGGGAAGGAGGCAGGAGAGGACUCUCCCAAAGAGCCAGAGGCAGGCGAUCAGGCCAAGGAAUCCAACGUGUGUGGGCCUCCUCCCAAUAAAAAGAUGAAGAGGCAUGGUUUUAAAGAAGACCCCUUUGUCUUCCUCACUGAAGACGACCCUGUCUUCCCCCCAAUAGAGUCAUUCUAUGACCUGUCUCCAGACUUCCCAAAGAUAAACGUUCUGACCAGAACCCACGAGGGGAAGAAGAGACAUCUGUACAUGGUCUCCAAGGAGCUACGCAACGUCAUGCUCAACAACAGUGAGCGAAUGAAGGUGAUCAACACAGGGGUAAAGGUGUGGUCUCGCAACAGCGACGGGGAGGAGUUUGGCUGUGCCUUCAGACUAGCCCAGGAGGGUAUCUAUACUCUGUUCCCCUACAUCCGCUCCAGGAUGAUCACAGUGAGUGUCGAGGACAUUAAGAUUCUACUGACUCAGGAGAACCCGUACCUCAGCAAACUGGAGGAAGACGCUCACCAACAGGCCAAGAAGAUGGGAAUGGGCAGUAUCGUGCUAAAAUACCGGCCUGACAAUAGUAACCCCGAUGGUCCUCAGUGUCCUAUAGAGCUGUGUGGCUGGAGAGGCAAGACCUCCAUCAGAGCCUUCGUGCCCCGCAACGAGAGGUUCCACUACCUCCGCAUGCUGGGGGUCGAGGUAUUCAGAGACAAACAGGGGCAGGGACCCAGGGAGGAAGAGAAGGAGGUGAAGGAGGAGGUGAAAGAGGGGGAGACAGAGAAUGGGAAUAAAGAUGUCAGCCCAAAACAGGAAUUGAGAGGUGAAAAUCGAGGUGACGAGCACCUGAAAGGAGAUGAGAGGGAGGGGGGAGGGGAGAAUUUGACCAGCACCUGAGACGAGUAGAAGGAAAUGUGUAACUUAAUAGUCUUAACAAGUUUUCCUCUCUUUGGCUGCACUGAUGUUAAUGAACUGGAGGUCAUCCACCAUGUUGUCACCCAUGUUUUUUGCAGAUGGAGAAGAGGAGUUAAGAAACCACUUUAGACUAGUAAGAUACACGGAGAAGGGAGGAAGUGGAGCUGUAUGAGGUUGAGCAAUGCUGGCCAGACAAGAGCUAGACCAAACAUGAGAGAGAAGAGGGGUGUUGGGUAGCUCAGUAGUACUUCUAAACCACUGCCAUAGCAGAAUGGCCACCCCUCCUAGACGGGGCAUGUGGACUCUUCCAUGCUCCCCCAGACUUGGUGUGCUUCAAUGCUUUAGUGACUUUUAUUUUCUAUUGCCGGUUUUAUUUUACCAAAACUCAACUCCACUGGCAAAACAUGGAGAGAGAGUGUUGUUUUUUUUUCUUAUUGUGCAUGUUUGAAGGUUUCUCUUAAUGACCAUUUCAUUUUUUUUAUCAUUGUAAGUAAGAAGAAAGGUGGAAUUGAUUAAAAGUAUUAAAUUCAUAUAACGCC